AUGUCGUCUUUUCAGGGGCCGCGGGCCAAAGAGCCAGAGGGGCUGAUGGAGCGUCGCCGACCGGCCUUCCUUCGCUCCCACCCCAAGUCCAGAGAUACGAGUAGAUCAAGCGUCAGGAUGGAGGAUCCCGGGCAGGACUCGCUGCAGCGCCAGAACCAGGACCUGCGCCGCCGGCUGGAGGAGGAGUCCUCCAACUACCGCCGGCGCCUGGACACAUACCGGCAGGCGCAGAGACACCAGGCUACCCUCGUGAGUCGGCUCCAGGCCAAGGUGCUGCAGUACAAGAAGCGAUGUGCAGAGCUGGAGAGUCAGGUGGAGGAGGUGCCGGUCGGCAGCGUGUAUGGGGCCCCGGGGUCCGCCCUGGACACGGCCCAGCAACACUUGCGGGAACUGAGGGAGCGGGACGACCGCAUACACGACCUAGAUACGGCCCUGCGGCGACUGGAGGACGAACGCAAGAAAUGUGAGAAACUGUUGUCGGUGAAUGAGACUCUCCGAGAGCAGCUGCGAGAGGCGCAUGAGAGCAACGAAGCGCUGACCAAUGAUCUGCAGAAGCUCACCAUGGACUGGGACCAGAUGCGGGAGGAGGUGCUGUCUAAAGAGGAAGAGUGGAAGGAAGAGGAACAGUACUUCAACGAGUAUUACUCCACGGAACACAACCGACUGCUGAGUCUCUGGCGGGAGGUGGUGGCUGUGAGACGGAUGUUCUCAGAGAUGCAGACGGCCACGGAACGGGACCUAACGAAGAUGAGGGGAGAGAUGUCAUCCACUUCCCGGGAAAUGCUUGUAGCAGCCAGUGGUAUCAGCAGCAGAGCCAGUCUCACAAGUGUGGCCGGGGAGAAACAGCAGCAGCAGACGGCGAUGGAGUGUGCAGAGCUGCGAGCGCAGGUGCAGGCCCUGCGCUCAGAGCAUGACAGUGCGCUCAGUCAGGUUCGCAGCAAAGAGGACCGGAUUCAACAACUGACCAGGGAACUCCACACUCUGGAGGAGAGGUGCUCGCAAGCGGAAACUGGAGUAUCGCAAGUGACUCGGCUGCAGGAGGAGAUAGAGCUUCUGCAGAGCGCACUACGUGACAUCGCACAUGCUGUCAUCCAGGACUCUGAGGGUAGAGAGACCCUGAGCCGCAGCCCACUCCUCAUGUACAUCUCACCCCGUCACAAGCAGUCCCUCCUAGAUCCCCCAAGCGAGGCCCACUGCGAACUCCAACGUCCCCAGCAUUCGCAGAGAGCACUAUCUCAGCUGUUCAGGCAGCACUGCACAAAUACCAGCUGCACAUACACGAACUACAGGUGAAGUUACAAGCCAGCAAGGAGCAACUGUCGGUGGCAAGGAGACAGACAGAGAACUGUGAGGAGACCACUCACUCUCUGGAGUCUAGAGUGGCAGAGUUGACCACUCAGCUGGACACUGCC